AUGUGGACUGCCAGGCUUCGACAGCCGUCGCUGUUGUCGCCACGCGCGAUUCCGUUCCGUCGACCACUGUCGAGCCUCCGAGGCAACAACACUCAUCGUGGCCCGCGCAACAGUAUAAAGCGACCGGAGCGUAUCGAACCGAUACAGAAAGCAUCAAAAACGCCAGAGCAGCCUGAAUCUGCCAAUUCCGAAGCUCAAGAUGGCCCCGACCCGAAUUAUGACCCUUCGCAAAAUACCCUCCUCUCUCCCGUCCAUCUCCCAGAAGAUCCCCAUGCCGUCCUCAAGGAGAAUCACCCUGCGAUCAGCAUAUUGGCAAACUCUGGACUAGUGGUUCAGCGUCAACUUGAAAUGAUGAAUGUGAUGAUUGGCUUCGAACAAGCGAACAAGUAUGUCAUUAUGGACGCGAUGGGUAACCACGUCGGUUAUAUGGCAGAGCAGGAGAAGGGCAUGGGCAAUGCGAUGGCGCGCCAAUGGUUUAAAACCCAUCGAAGCUUCGUGACGCAUGUGUUCGACCGACACGAGAAUGAGGUGCUUCGGUUCAACCGUCCGUUCUCUUGGAUCAACAGUCGAAUCCAAGUAUACGACCCCCUCGACCCUUCUGCGAGCAAUUACUCUUCUUCGACUUCUCAACACACCACGACUCCCGGGUCUCUCGUCCAGACUGAUGCUGCUACUCGCGUAUCUCCACUCGGAUUCGACCAAAUGCGAAUCGUUGGCGAAGCCCAAUCGCAAUGGGCACCCUUACGUCGGAAAUACAAUCUCUUCACAUACCAUCAGUCCCCGAACCCAGCAACAGAUAUGGCCACUCAGAAGUUCCCACUGGAUAGCUCCGAUCUAUCGAAAACACAACAGAUGCAACUAGCACAGACGUCCAAGCAAGGCCAGGGCGAAUUUAAUCAGUUCGCAUACGUUGAUGAGCCUUUGCUAUCCUGGGACUUCUCUUUGCGCUCUGCUGACAACCGACUGAUCGGAUCGGUGAAUCGUAACUUUGCUGGUUUUGCUCGAGAGAUCUUCACCGAUACCGGUGUCUAUGCAUUGCGAAUGGAUUCGGCUGGAUUGGGUGUCUUGCAGGCGCCGAAUGAAGCCAAUACGCCAACCGGGAUGACACUAGACCAACGCGCAGUGAUGCUAGCUACGGCAGUGAGUGUGGACUUUGACUACUUUAGCCGUCACAGCGGCUCAGGUGGAUUCGGCUUCAUGCCUCUCUGGUUCCCUGGCAUGGGCGGUGAAGCUGCCGCUGGGGGUGCUGCUGCUGGAGAGGCAGCCGGUGGUGCUGCCGCUGGUGGUGCUGCGGCCGGCGAAGCUGGUGCGGUUGGCGAGGCAGCUACGGGUGCAAUUGGAAGGGCCGGUGCUGCCGGUGGCAUGGCAGAGGGCAUGGCCGCUGGAGCCACAGGUGCGGGAGCUAUGGCUGGAUAUGAAGCAAUGCAAAGAGGCAUGUCGGGCGACCAAAGCAGCCAGUCAGCGUACCCAGACCAGCAAUCGCCAGGGCAGCCAGAGCCAUACGAAGAUGCUUGGCCUCAAGAGCAACCAGAUGACCUCUGGGGCGAGGAUGAGGACCCUUGGAGCGAUGGAGGGGACGGUGGAGGAGAUGAUUUUGACUUUUUUUAG